AUGGCGGCAUAUGAGUCCACAAAUUUGACUAUCCUCGAUGAAACUGAAUCUAUCCACAAAAAAGGUAUGAAAUGCUUUGAAGAAGGCAAUUAUGAACAAGCUCUAUUACAUUACAAAGAAGCUGUUACUCAAAUCCAAUCUAUGUCCAAGAAUAGUAAUAAUAAUCAUCACCAUCAACUUGAAUACGAUAUUUAUCUCGACGUAGCCGAUUGCUAUUUAAGUCAAUAUAAACUGAUAGAAGCCGAUAAAUGGAUAAGAAAUGCGAAGAAAUUAGCCAAGCAACUACAAGAUGGAGUGAGAAUUGCAAAGUGCUUUGAUAGGCAAGGGUGCAUUAAACAAUUACGUGGUGAUUUGAAUGGAGCUUUAAAAGAUUUUAACAAAUCACUUAGAAUAAAAUCAGAAUUGUCAGAAAGUGAAGAUAUCAAUAUUAGUGAGUCUUAUCUUAACAUUGCAAGUAUUUAUGAUAAUCAAGGCAAGUAUAAUGACGCUCUAUCGAUGUAUAACAAAUCACUGAGAAUUCAACUAACACAACUUGGUGACAAUCAUCCAAGUAUUGCUACGACAUAUCACAACAUUGGUAGUGUCUAUAAUCAUCAAGGCAAGUAUGACGACGCUUUAUCAAUGUUUAACAAAUCACUGAAGAUUGAACUAACACAACUUGCUGACAAUCAUCCGAGUAUUGCUACGACAUAUCACAACAUCGGUGGUGUGCAUAAAGAUCAAGGCAAGUAUAACGACGCUUUAUCAAUGUUUAACAAAUCUCUGAAAAUUCAACUAACACAACUUGGUGACAAUCAUCCAAGUAUGGCUGCGACAUAUCACAACAUUGGUAGUAUCUAUAAUCAUCAAGGCAAGUAUGACGACGCUCUAUCGACGUAUUACAAAUCACUGAAGAUUAAACUAACACAACUUGGUGACAAUCAUCCAAGUAUUGCUACGACAUAUCACAACAUUGGUAGUGUCUAUAAAGAUCAAGGCAAGUAUGACGAUGCUCUAUCGAUGUAUAACAAAUCACUGAAGAUUAUACUAACUCAGCUUGGCGACAAUCAUCCAAGUAUUGCUGUAAGUUAUAGCAAUAUUGGGCUAGUCUAUAAUGAUCAAGGUAAGUAUGACGACGCUCUAUCGAUGUAUAACAAAUCACUGAAGAUUAAACUAACACAACUUGGUGACAAUCAUCCAAGUAUUGCUGCGACAUAUCACAACAUUGGUAGUGUCUAUAAUCACCAAGGCAAGUAUGGCGACGCUCUAUCGAUGUAUAACAAAUCUCUGAAGAUUCAACUAACACAACUUGGUAACAAUCAUCCAAGUAUUGCUGUGACAUAUCACAACAUUGGUAGUGUCUGUAGUCAUCAAGGCAAAUAUGACGACGCUUUAUCGAUGUAUAACAAAUCACUGAAGAUUCUACAAACACAACUUGGUGACAAUCAUCCAAGUAUUGCUGUCAGUUAUGGCAAUAUUGGGCAAGUCUAUAAUGAUCAAGGUAAGUAUGACGACGCUCUAUCGACGUAUAACAAAUCACUGAAGAUUCUACAAACACAACUUGGUGACAAUCAUCCAAGUAUUGCUACGACAUAUCACAACAUUGGUAGUGUCUAUAAAGAUCAAGGCAAGUAUGAUCACGCUCUAUCAAUGUAUAACAAAUCACUGAAGAUUAACCAAACACAACUUGGUGACAAUCAUCCAAGUAUUGCUACGACAUAUCACAACAUUGGUAGUGUCUAUAAAGAUCAAGGCAAGUAUGACGACGCUCUAUCAAUGCAAAACAAAUCACUGAAGAUUCAACUAACACAACUUGGUGACAAUCAUCCAAGUAUUGCUGUGAUAUAUCACAACAUUGGUAGUGUCUAUGAAGAUCAAGGCAAGUAUGACAACGCUUUAUCAAUGUAUAACAAAUCACUGCAGAUUCAAUUAUCACAACUUGGUGACAAUCAUCCAAGUAUUGCUACGACGUAUCACAACUUUGGUAGUGUCUAUGAAGAUCAAGGCAAGUAUGACGACGCUUUGUCAAUGUUUAACAAAUCUCUUAAGAUUAAACAAACUCAACUUGGUAACAAUCAUCCAAGUAUUGCUGCGAAAUAUCACAACAUUAGUGGUGUCAAUAAUCAUCAAGGCAACUAUGAUGAUGCUCUAUCGAUGUAUAACAAAUCUCUGAAGAUUAACCAAACACAACUUGGUGACAAUCAUCCAAGUAUUGCUACGACAUAUCACAACAUUGGUAGUGUCACAAAAGAUCAAGACAAGAAUGAUGACGCUGUAUCGAUGUAUAAAAAAUCAUUGAAGAUUGACCUAACACAACUUGGUGACAAUCAUCCAAGUAUUGCUGCGACAUAUCACAACAUUGCUGGUGUCUAUAAUGAUCAAGGCAAGCAUGACAACGCUUUAGCGAUGUAUAACAAAUCACUGAAGAUUAAACUAACAAAACUUGGUGACAACCAUCUAAGUAUUGCUACGACAUAUCACAGCAUUGGUAGUGUCUAUAGUCAUCAAGGCAAGUAUGAUGACGCUUUGUCGAUGCAUAACAAAUCACUGAAGAUUCAACUAACACAACUUGGUGACAAUCAUCCAAGUAUUGCUGUAACUUAUAGCUAUAUUGGGCAAGUCUAUAAUGAUCACGGUAAGUAUGACGACGCUCUAUCGAUGUAUAACAAAUCACUGAAGAUUCAACUAACACAACUUGGCGACAAUCAUCCAAGUAUCGCUAUGACAUAUCACAAUAUUGGUAGUGUCUAUAAUUAUCAAGGCAAGUAUGACGACGCUCUAUCAAUGUAUAACAAAUCACUGAAGAUUAAACUAACACAACUUGGUGACAAUCAUCCAAGUAUUGCUACGACAUAUCACAACAUUGGUAGUGUCUAUAAAGAUCGAAGCAAGUAUGACGACGCUCUAUCGAUGUAUUAUAAAUCUCUGAAGAUUAAACGAUCACAACUUGGUGACAAUCAUCCAAGUAUUGCUAUAACUUAUAGCAAUAUUGGGCAAGUCUAUCAUCAUCAAGGCAAAUAUGACGACGCUCUAUCGAUGUAUAACAAAUCUUUGAAGAUUCAACUAACACAACUUGGUGACAAUCAUCCAAGUAUUGCUGCGACAUAUCACAACAUUGGUGAUACCUAUUAUCAUCAAGGCAAGUAUGACGACGCUUUAUCGAUGUUUAACAAAUCACUUAAGAUUAACCAAACACAACUUGGUGACAAUCAUCCAAGUAUUGCUUCGACAUAUCACAACAUUGGUAGUGUCUAUGAAGAUCAAGGCAAGUAUGACGCCGCUCUUUCGAUGUAUUACAAAUCACUGAAGAUUAAACUAACACAACUUGGUGACAAUCAUCCAAAUAUUGCUACGACAUAUCACAACCUUGCUGGUGUCUAUUAUCAUCAAGGCAAGUAUGACGACGCUCUAUUGAUGUAUAACAAAUCUCUGAAGAUUAACCUAACACAACUUGGUGACAAUCAUCCUACUAUUGCUACGACAUAUCACAACAUUGGUGGUGUCUAUAAUCAUCAAGGCAAGUAUGACGACACUGUAUCGAUGUAUAAAAAAUCACUGAAGAUUCUACUAACACAACUUGGCGACAAUCAUCUAAGUAUUGCUGCGAUAUAUCACAGCUUUGGUAGUGUCUAUAAUAAUCAAGGCAAGUAUGACGACGCUCUAUCGGUGUAUUACAAAUCUCUGAAGAUUAAACUAACAAAACUUGGUGACAAUCAUCUAAGUAUUGCUACGACAUAUCACAACAUUGGUGGUGUGCAUAGUCAUCAAGGCAAGUAUGAUGACGCUCUAUUGAUGUUUAACAAAUCUCUGAAGAUUGAACUAACACAACUUGGUAACAAUCAUCCAAGUAUUGCUGUAACUUAUAGCAGUAUUGCUGGCGUCUAUAACUAUCAAGGCAA